CAAAAUUGUCCUGAGCCGAGAUAUUGGAGGGACCUGGGAAUGAAGAGAGCUGAUCUAAAAGCUGGGAAGGUAGCUGGGUGUAGAAAGAAGGAGAGAGAAAGGGAGAAAGAGCGAUGUCGGGAGCAUUAGUGAGGCCUGAGUUUGUUGUGUUUGGUUCUUCCAUUGUUCAGUAUGGUUUUCACAAUGAAGGAUGGAUAGCUGCUCUUUCUCACUUCUAUGCUCGCAAGGCUGAUAUAAUUUUGCGAGGAUAUGCUGCUUGGAAUACAAGACGUGCAUUGCAGGUUUUGGAUAAAAUUUUCCCCAAGGAUGUCCUUUUACAACCUUCAUUGGUUAUCGUCUACUUUGGUGGUAAUGAUUCUUCUAAUCCUCACUCAUCAGGCCUAGGUCCACACGUACCUCUCCAAGAAUAUGUUGAAAAUUUGAGAAUCAUUGUUAACCAUCUCAAGAGUCUCUCAGCGAACACUCGCAUUCUACUUCUCACUGCUCCUCCCAUCAAUGAUGCAACAAUUAUCCUAAACAGUGAUGGGAAUCCAUCAAGGACAAAUGAAGCUUGUGGAAUAUAUUCUAAUGCAUGUUUGGAAGUAUGUCGUGAGAUGAAUAUCAAGGCCAUUGAUUUGUGGUCUGCUAUUCAGAAAAGAGAUAAUUGGCAAGAUGUUUGUUUCAUUGAUGGAAUUCAUUUGUCAUGUGAGGGAAGCAAGAUAGUGUUGAAAGAAAUAUUAAAGGUCCUUAAAGAAGCAGAGUGGGAACCUAGUCUGCAUUGGAAAUCAAUGAAAACUGAAUUUGAAGAAGAUUCACCAUAUGAUCCACCUGCAUCUGAUGGAAAAUCAACUAUUAAUCUUUCCCAUUUUUCUUUUUUUGAUGAUAACAAUUUGGACUAGACUUUAUUAAGUGCAUUGAAAACUAGAGACAUGAACUCAUAUCAAUGAAUCAUUUGGUAGUGGUCUCAAAAUAGAAGUAUUGUGCCUAAACAUAUAUAUGUGGUUCUUAUAGUUUUUGUAUCUCCAAUCAUAAAUGGGGAUUCAGUUCUCCAUGGAUCUUAGCAUAAUAAGAGUGUUGUGAAGUUUUGAUUGCAGUUCAA